AUGCCUUUCCAUCCUGUGCACACCGGCCUCCUGUACAAAGGCAAUUACCUGAGCGGCUCACUGUCCGAUGGCAGCGACAUCGAGCAGUUGGCUAACAUUUCCGAAGAGGAGCUAGAGGAAAUAAGAGAAGCCUUUCGAGUUUUGGAUCGUGAUGGCAAUGGUUUCAUUUCCAAGCAAGAACUCGGAAUGGCGAUGAGGUCCUUGGGUUAUAUGCCCAGUGAGGUAGAACUGGCAAUCAUCAUGCAACGACUAGAUAUGGAUGGUGAUGGGCAAGUGGACUUUGAUGAAUUCAUGACGAUACUCGGCCCUAAGCUGUUGUCAUCUGAGGUGCGGGAAGGUUUUCAUGGCAGCACAAUAGACUCCAUAUUUUGGCAGUUCGAUAUGCAGAGGAUUACACUGGAAGAACUGAAGCACAUAUUAUUUCAUGCAUUUCGGGACCAUUUGACAAUGAAAGAUAUUGAGAACAUCAUCAUAACUGAGGAGGAAAGUCUGAAUGAAAGUUCAAGUAACUGUCAUACCGAAUUUGAAGGUGUGCAUUCACAAAAGAAGAACCGACAGACGUGUGUGAGGAAGAGCUUGAUCUGCGCAUUUGGUGUGGCUUUCAUCAUCAGUGUCAUGUUGAUUGCAGCAAAUCAAAUUCUCAGGAAUGGCAUGGAAUAG